AAUGGCUGAGUUUCUCAGAAUUAACUUCUUAUGAAACGCCUUAUGAAAUGUGACUCAACUCUACUACCUCUGCCACUGUCAUCCGCUUUCGCCAUCGGAUAUCAACUUCUUUGCCGGUCUUUGAGUUCGUCAAGUUCCACAGAUCAACGUAAAUGGAACCCAAAGACCAGUGUGAUCAUUACGAGCCCAACUUUAUUUGCCAUGGAGUCUUGUGCCACCAUGCUCGAGAUGAAGCAAAUUCAAGCUCAAAUGACUCGCACUGGCCUCAUUACCGACACUUUUCCGGCGAGCCGGGUCUUAGCCUUCUGCGCUCUCGCUGAUUCGGGCGACAUUCGCUACGCGCACGCUUUCUUUAACCAGAUUGAGAAACCCAAUACUUAUAUGUGGAAUACAAUGAUCAGAGGCUAUUUGAAAGCUCAAGUUCCUGAAAAGGGGUUUUCCUUCUUUGGCCAGAUGGUCCGGGAAGGCGUCGAAAUGGACGGGCUUAGCUUUGUUUGGGUGCUUAAGGCAUGUGGGAACUUUCCGGGAAUUUCAAAGGGAAACUUGGUCCACUGUGCGAUUUGGAAGAUGGGUUUCGAUAUCGAUUUGCUAGUACGAAAUGGGCUUAUACACUAUUAUGCUGAUCGUGGUUGUUUAUUAGUUGCACGCAAAGUGUUUGAUGAAAGUUCUGUUAGGGAUGUCGUUACUUGGACUACGUUGAUUGAUGGGUACGCGGCCCAUGAUUGCUUGGAUAAGGCUACGCAAGUAUUUGAUUCAAUGUUGUUAAGUAAUGUUAAGCCGAAUGAGGUUACAAUGAUUGCAAUGCUCUCGGCUUGCAGCAGUAAAGGGGAUAUGCGCAUGGGAAAGCGUAUCUAUGAUUAUAUUACGAUGGAGAAUGUAAAUUGCAGCCUUAAUUUGCUCAAUGCUACAUUGGAUAUGUUUGUGAAAUGUGGUCUCUUGAUCGAAGCAAGGAAGAUUUUUGACAAUAUGAAAACCAAGGAUGUGUUUUCGUGGACUAGCAUGGUUAAUGGGUAUGCUAAAUGGGGAGAUUUAGAUUCUGCAAGAAGCUUCUUCGUCUGCAUGCCUGAAAAGAAUGUGAUAUCUUGGACUGCAAUGAUUGCAGGCUAUUCUCAAAAUAAUCAACCAAAGGAAGCCCUGAAAUUGUUUCAGGACAUGAUGAAAGCAGGUUUGUUUCCAAUAGAGAAUACUUUAGUGUGUGUUCUCUCUGCGUGUGGCCAACUGGGUUGCCUGGAUUUGGGCCAGUGGGUUCACCGGUGUUGCAUCAACCCUAAAGGGGUUCAACAAAGUGUCAUAUUAAGUAAUGCACUUAUAGACAUGUAUGCCAAAAGUGGGGGUAUUCAUACAGCUGCAAGUCUCUUUAAUGAAAUGCCACUGAGAAAUUUGGUUUCUUGGAAUACUAUGAUUGGGGGAUAUGCUUCACAUGGUUAUGCCAAGCAAGCACUUAUCCUCUUCGAGCAAAUGAAAAGAGCAGGAUUUGAGCCCGACUCUAUCACAUUCGUAGCUGUCUUGUCAGCCUGUAGCCAUGGUGGAUUAGUCUCUGAAGGUAGAGAGUACUUCAAAAGCAUGAUAAGGGAUUAUAAAUUAGAGCCCAAAGAAGAACAUUAUGCUUGCAUGAUUGAUUUACUUGGUCGAAUCGGACUGCUGGACGAAGCUUAUCAUUUGAUCACAAAUAUGCCAAUGUUACCAUGUGAAUCAGCUUGGGGUGCUCUUCUUAGUGCUUGUAGGAUGCAUGGAAAUGUUGAGCUGGCUAAGCUUUCAGCUCAUAAACUUUUAGAAAUGGAUCCCCAAGACAGUGGUAUCUAUGUAUUGCUGGCUAAUACCUUAGCUAAUAACAAAAGAUGGGCUGAUGUGAGGAUGGUUAGGAGCAAGAUGAGAGAGAUGGGGGUCAAGAAGAGUCCUGGUCGUAGCUUGAUAGAAAUAGAGGGUGAAUUCCAUGAAUUUUUGGCUGGGGAUGAUUCACACCCUCGGUCCAAAGAGAUUUAUAAAAUAAUAAAUAAUAUAUUAUUGCUCUCUGAUUUGAGGGACUACAUACCUUAAACAUGUUAAACAUCUUUAUGCAUAUAGGAUGAUGAUUCCCAACAAGAGUCAUGCAUAUAUAGGACUCAGUUUUAGUUUGCAUAAAAACAAUUUUGAGACUUAAUUGGAUAGGUGUCUACUACCAAUUUUGAUUAUUUUCAUUCAUUUUUUUUCAUCCACUCUUUUUAAGCUUUUGAUGAGCUAAGCUAGUUUUGAGUUAUAUAACCUUCUUCACCGAACACUUUAACAAUAUAACCCUCUUAUGAUUCAAAUAUAUAUAUAUAUAUAUAUUUUUUAAAAAAUAAAACGGGCAUUAUUGGGGAGUAAGCAUCCAGAUAAUGUCGUGGGAGUAAUGGAGGAAUUGGUGGCGAGAAAGAAGUUGUUGAAAUGCGUUUUGAAUUUGGAUUCGGAGGAGCUUGGAUCUCUGUUGAUGUUUUUGCAAAGGUAUUCGACUGUACCAAUUUACUCGGCAUUGUUAAUGGGGUUGACUAAGAAGGUUCUUGAGCUGAGAAGUGAGGACAUUAAAGCCUCUGGGCCUUUAAAUGGUCAUCAUAUUAGAAACCUCAAGCGUUCUGUGGAUGAGGAGAUUCGGGUACAACAUUCUUUGCUAGAAAUACAGGGUAUUAUUUCUCUAUUAAGAUCAGAAUAGAAGUUAAAGAGGGUAGUUACGCUCGUGGUGUUCUUUAUAUGGAAAUCAAAGGACAGGGGUCCAUUCCCUUGACUCGUACCGAUGAGAAUUUGACUCUAUGAGAAAUUGAACAGAAAUCUGCUGAAUUGGCCUUUUUCUUGCGUGUACCAAUUGAAGUAUUUUGAAAAAAGUGAAUAUCUGGAGGAUGAUGAAGAUUUGAUUUGAUUUGAUUAGAUUUUUUCUCUUAUAGCUAUGGGAGGGAACUCUUCCUUCCAACUCUUUUGGUCAGUUUUCUUUCUCCCAUUUUACAAGGGAAUUUCGACAAUUUUGUUUAAUGGGUUUAACUCAUGCAACUUUAUAUCUUCUUUGGUAAUUGUUUUCGUUUUUUUCCCUGAUAACAACCGAGAAAUAUUAUACAAAUCACAUCUGUAUGUUUAGUGAUGGUUUUAAAUUUAAUCCAUGAAUUCAAGGUACUACUAGAAUUUCUUUCAUAUGAUAUGAUGCCAUGCCUGGUGUGUUUAUGGAUAGAUCAGACCUCAUUCAUAGGAAGACUUGCAAUUUGAAUU